AUGCACAUCUCGGGCGUCGCGUGCAGAUGCGUCCGGGCAUUGCCGGCGAUCAGGGCCACAAAUAAUAAACAUCCACUGUGCUUAGGAAUCUUCAGAUGCUUCGUGGAGAAUUAUGUUCGGGCGCUACUCCUAGAGGAAUCCUUUUGCCUUACUACUCGGCGUCGCGAUGCCCAAGAAGAGACGGUUGAAGGCGCCGUGACCAGGGAAAGCGUAAGAAUUCCAGGCGAGUUCAGUUGGCAGAAAGCGCGGCGGUGGCGCUGGUCGUGGCUCGCCAUGUCUGACCACGACCGCUGGCCACGCGGACUAGUUGACACUGCAGAUUCUCGAGGCACCCUCAAGCUAAAAGUGCUACUAACACCACGGCUUAGGGUGCUUAUAGCAUCGCCACCAUUCUCCGCCGAUGAUUUCCAUUAUCAGCUCGUCCGCGCGGGCGCCAUAACGCCUUCUUGGCAACCGAUCGGGGCCGAGCGUUGC